UUCAUUUCUUCAUCCUCAAAGUUCACUUUACGCAAAAACUUAUCAGGCUUUUCAUUCAACUUGUGUUUGUAAUCAUCAAUGGCUAUGGUUAUUGAGACUGCUUUAAAGCUCGCAUUCGGCGAGUUACUGAGCGUAGUUGUAGCGCAAACUAUGCAAAGUGUCAAGAUCAAAACCCUACUCAAACGUGUUAAAACUACCCUAAAAAGUAUAGAGCCCAUCUUUUUUGAAAUCUGGAGAUUGAGAAAAGUAUUGGAUCGUCCUGAAGAAGAAACCACAAUGUUCAUCUCUCAUCUCGAAGAAGGGAAAGAGCUCAUUGUUAAGUACUCGAGGAUCAAGUUCUGGAAUAUUUACCAAAAAUUUGUUUAUUCCAAUAAGCUGAUUCGACUUAACAAUGACCUCUUGUGGUUCUUCCAGAUAGAACUGCAGGGGAAUUCGUUGAGCACUAGUAUGCGAAGUUUAAUUGGGAUCCAUGAUUUAUCAGACAAAAUGGAUCAAUUACUUUCAGCUAUGACAACUCAUGCGCGUGCUAAUGACCGUUCAUGCAGAGUUCCACGGCUUCCUGAACAUAUUGUUGGGUUCAAGUUGCACCUUGAAGAGUUGAAGCGUAGGCUGCUCAAUUAUGACACCGAAGUGUUGGUGGUUUCGGGUCCUGGAGGUUGUGGAAAGACUACUCUCGCGAAGAUGCUUUGUCAUGACAAUGAAAUGAAAGAAAUAUUUGGUGAGAAUAUCCUUUAUGUUACAGUCUCUAGACAAUCCAGUCUUAAGAUCAUUAUGGAAAAAAUAUUUGAGCAUUAUGGCGAAAAUCAUUGUGAGUUUCAAACCGACGAAGAAGGAAGGAAUCAUCUUGAAAAACUGAUAAAUCAAAUGGGAUCAAAUAAAAUGUUACUAGUCUUGGAUGAUGUGUGGUCUGAAUCAGAGUCCAUUAUUCAAGAUCUUAUGUUCCAAAUACAAGGAUGCAAAGUUUUGGUCACAUCAAGAUUCUUGUUUCCAAGGUUUAGUUCCACUUAUGAGUUGAGCUUGUUGAAUUAUGAAGAUGCAAGAACUCUUUUUUGCUACUCUGCGUUUCCAAGUGAUAGGAUUCCCAUUAAUGUGACUGAUGAUCUCAUGAACAAGAUUGUUAAAUUUUGUAAGGGACUUCCAUUGGCCCUAACCGUAGUUGGUGCAUCGCUGUGUGGACAACCUGUGCUUAAAUGGAAAACAACUCUCAAGAAAUGGUCAGAAAGUGGAUCUAUUUUGCAGUCAAACAUCAACAUACUUCAUAGUCUGAAGUCAAGUGUGGAUGCACUGGAUGAGUUAUCUAUUGCUAAAGAAUGUUUCUUGGAUUUGGGCUCAUUUCCUGAAGCCGAACGAAUUUCAGCCAUGGUUCUUAUGGAUAUGUGGGUGGAAUUGUACAAUCUAGAUGAUGAGGGAAUGCAUACAAGUGAAACUCUUCAUGAACUUUCAUUAAGAAAUCUCAUCAAUCUUGUUCCAUUAAGGAAAUAUGCUGGUGAACUAGACGGCUAUUGUAACGAGCUUUUUGUUACACAACAUGACUUGCUAAGAGAGUUAGCCAUCCACAUGAGCAGUCAAGAACCUAUUGUAGAAAGAAAACGAUUGUUUGUAGAUAUCCACAGGAAUGAGUUCCCCACAUGGUGGAUUUCAGAAACAGAACAACCCAUCAACGCUCGUAUCUUAUCUAUCUCAACAGAUGAAGAGUUCGGCUCAAUGUGGUAUGAUUUAAAAGCACCUAAAAUUGAGGUAUUGAUAUUGAACAUAAGAAGUACAAAAUACACACUAGCCGAGUUUAUCAAAAGAAUGGACCAAUUAAAGUUUUUAACUAUCACAAGCUAUAGUGAUUAUCCUUCUCAGCUGCACAAUCUUUAUUUGAUGAGUGUUUAUCCAACCUAAGAACAAUCAGAUUUGAACAC